ACCCAACAGAACUGUCAAGCUCAAUCGCACGUGCACGCUGUUGUUUAGUUUUUAUUUCGUUCGUUUUUUUCUGUGCCGUCCGGAUCAACACUGAACCUGCACCGGAAUGGCCACCGCAACAAUUCCGGACAUUUCCGCCGUGCUGUCCAAAAUCAAGGGCUCGACCGGGGAAGAAAGUGCCACCAAAACGGAAGAUACCGUCGUGCCAAAGGAAAAAGCCGUCAAGAAGGAGGAAAAGCCAGUCAAGCCGGAGCACAGCAUUCCAAAGGGCAAACCAAAGUCCGGCCGGAUUUGGAAGACCCAGAAGGAGCGGUUCGCGACGGUGAAGAAAUCGGUGAGGGGGAAGGUGAAAACGAAGCAUCUUGCGUACCGCGAGGAAAUCAAACAGAUCAAGGAGCUGUCCCGGUCCAUCAAGGAGGAACGUAAGCAGCAGAACGAGGAAAAGAAGCAACGCCGGGAGGAGAACAAGCUGCGCCGAUUGGAGAACGAGCGCAAGUCCGAGAUUGUCCAGAUCAUCAAGAAUCCGGCCAAGCUGAAGCGGAUGCGGAAGAAGCAGCUGCGGCAGAUUGAAAAACGAGAUUUGGAUAAAAUAAAGGUCGUUUGAUCGUCUUUAACAAAUGUAA